GAAAAAUAUCUUAAACAGAGCGACGUUGUUUCUUUUUCUCCCGCUGGGUGUUGACUGGACAAAAGCCGCGAAACAGAUCCAGAUUUAGAAAAAUAAAGACCUGUCAAUAAAGGCUAUUAAAAACGGCUUCAAUUUAUCCUCUAUUCACGAUUCAAUAAGCACGAAUGUUCAGAUAAAGAGGACAUUAAGCCUAGCCCCGGUAUUUUUACAUUCAAGUAAGGCUUUUUUGGACGAAGUAACAACUUUCCGUUUCCAAGGAAAAUUAGGGAAAGUCGAUAAAAGCCUUAUUCACUGUUGUUAUUUCCAGCUGCUCUUUCUGAUUUGCUGUUUGGGUAUUUGCAUUUGUAAAUGAUACUUAAUGAAAGUUGCAAUUAUUCUGAAUGUUUUUGUUGUAAAAGAAGGCAGUUGACACGAAUAAAUCUAGUUGCUUCGACCGAGAAUUAAGUCACAACAUCUUACAACUUCAGUUAACCAAGACUUAACUGAAACAUUGAGACAACGGUUGAAUCAACUUUGAUAACACUGCACAAAAGGGCGUCCACUACGAUAGUUUGCAAAGGUAGGCUAGCCCGUUUUUCCUGAGCUUCUUUUUUUACACUUAUGUUAUGCUUUCGUAACUCUUCAUCUUGAACUGAAUUGGCAAGAUAUCUUUGUAAAAUAACGACUUCAAAGUAAACAGUACCGCAUCAAUAUAUUUUUCAAUGUAGCUUUCAUUUGAAUAGCGCUAGCCACACAGCAAGCUUUCAUCCACAUUUUAGGUCACUGAACAACAACAUUUGUUAAACUGACCCGAAGUUUGACUCAGAUUUGAAAGGCUUAAUUGCCGUUUCACCAGACCUCACCAAAAUAAACUGACCAUCAAAGUGAAUCGAAUUUAAAUUAGAAAACUCGAGUUUGGCUUCUUCAAUGUUAUCAGAGCAAAUGAUGGCAGUGACGAUAUAGCCUCUAUGUUAAUGAAGUUUUCAGCGAUCAAUUGUACUGUGUUUAAUUUUUACACCCACCGAAAAGAAAAAAAAAAUGAAGAUUAACACCUUUCAUUAUUUGAGAGGACAUCAAGGGUCAAAUUUCUCCUCUUUCGCUUAAUAAGUACCUGACGUCGUCGCAAUGGUUUGAUCGUGAAGAGUAUUUAAGAGAUGUUAAAACCUUUACUUUCCGUGCCGCAAUUGCUACGGUCACCCCAAGCAUGGCAAACUGCUGCCGAAGACAUCUUCAUAAAACGUUUCGUUGCCAUCGCCGAACCGCCCAAGUUGAUUUGAAAAACUGAAACAAAACGUUAAUAAUAAUAUAUUAUAUUCAUGUGCCUGAAGAACCUAGCUCCCUGAUUCAUUGCCUACUCUUGUUUUUUGGGUGUUCCCAAUUUUAAUACGCUUCAUAUGCAUGUUCAAGUGACUUUGACAUCUAAACCAGGCGGCCUCAUAACCACGUUUUUGACUGAACAACUUCUGGAUUGAUAGUGACUUUGAUGCAAAGUAACAGUCAGAGGAAUUUUUUUUUUUCCCUGAGAUAUUUCUCUUCCGCCUUAUAAUGAUCUUUUUAAUCGACCGACCGCCUCACUUGUAUGACAGGGAGAUUGAAAACAAAACGUUUAUGGCAAUUUCAAAGCAGCAGCAGUGCUUAGAGUGCCCCCAUAUUGCCUUCAGAUUGCCUUCAGGCCCAUGCAGAAAGGCCGUCAUUAAAACCCGCAUUGAAUAUAUUAGCCCACCAAAUCAAUCAGCGCACCGAAGUAUAUUGUGUUGGUAAAUUUUGAAACGCUCACGACGAGACAAAAUUCACAGUCUUUGUAGAGUUGGCUUUUUUGGUUCACAUCUUUCCAAAAAUCCGGUGAUAAGAUCGCGGACAUACUGGAGGAAUGAAAAGGACAAGGUUUGUUGCCAGACAGAUCGUAACCAGCCAAUAGCUGCACACAGUUUGGAGUUCUCCAACUUCAAAAUUCUAUAUCACACCAAUUUGUUUUUCUGGUAACCUGAUCAGCGUAACGAAACAUUUCAACUGCAUGUCGUUGACGAAAAAGCGGAAAGGAAAUCUGCAUGAAAGAAAUAAACUAGUAAAAUGUAUUUGCAAAUGAAAUUAGCCAUAACCAAUCGAGUUAAGGGAAGCGUGUAAUUGUACCUGAAUUAAAACGCUUUACAAUUUGUGUUGGGCGGAAGAUGUCCAUCAUUCUCAUAAAAACUUUUUUAAUGAAAGAAAGGAUUUGGAUGUAAAGCAAAAUUUCAUUUUUUUUCUGCACCUAUGUUAUAUCAUUCCGAACACUGUAAGUACUGGUAAUUUUCGUAUUCUAUUGUUAACAAUUUGAUAAAAAGAAUGGACUCAUCAGAACAUUCCAAAUUUAGCUAAAAGAGACAUGGCGAAAUGACAUGGAGAGGUACAAACAGUAACGAAGUAUGAUCAGCUAAUUUUGAAACGAAAUUGUAAAGGUCUGAGAUUUGCCAACCACUUUCGCGCUCUUCGGCUAAUAGGAAAACACGAGAAAUCUCUACAGCAUACGGAUACAAGAGAUCUGAAUUUUGAUUUAAUUUGUUCAACUUAUGGCACAGAUCGCUCCUUAUAAUUAAACUUGCUAAUUUCGUAUUUUCAUGGUAUCGUAUAAAAGCCUCGCCAGUUUAACUUAUUUUCAGAGCCAGCUGCGGCGACGUUUAGCUGCUAGUAAUACAGAUUCGUUGUUUUUAUGAAUAAGCUUCUUAUCUUAAGCUGGAGUGGUUUUGGCUUAAGACUUCCUUUUCGUUCAGCAGGUAAAUAUAGUCAGCGCAUUUUAGUAACGAAGACAUGAACUCUUCUGUAGUCGGCAGGUUUUGGUCGAGUUUGCCGUCGCACCGAUCACAAAAUAAUGGCUUCUGGCUUAUUGGUCUGGACCUAGGGGUAAUUGAGUUUGAUUUUUAAAAGACUUACUUCACCAUGAACAUAUUAGUGUUCAGUUGUUGAGGGAGAUGCAAGCAAACACUCUGAAUCUGGCCGCUACAAUCACGCAAAACUAUGGAAAGUUAAUCCCUAGAAGACAUGAAAUAAUAGCCGACACAUGCUUGGUUCAGUGUUAUCACAGCACUGCAUACUUUGUAAGCUCAGUUAAGCUAGUGCACAUCCACUUUAACAACUGAUCUGGAAAACAAUUUCUUCGUUCUGCUUCUCCUUCGGGAGCAAAAUAUAUCAAAUGCACGAUUGUAUGUAAAUUCAGCUGUCUUCAUCAAGCUUGUCGUUUUUGUAACUAGUAUAGAUACUGUAAACUAUUUUUAAAAAUGAUUAUCUUCAGUAGUCGCGUUCUUGUCAAGUAGACUCAAAUUUAGUAGGAUACCUUUAACUAUUUGAGUGACAGUAAGGUUUCUAGGCUUUGAGCUCAACUGAUGGUUGAGACAAUAAAAACCGCUCUAACCGUAAUUUUAAACUGGACGCUUUAGUAUCAAUUUAGUGUUGAUUUAUGUCGAUACAAUAUGUCUACUCUGUGAACCACUCAUUAUGGACACUUGCGUGUCCCAUUGAGGUGUCAGUUUUAACCAGGUUCCACUGAUAGUUCGCGGUCAUUUCAUUGGCAAUUCUGAUCUUGUUGUAGAGAAAAAGCAUUUGCCUGCCCUGAAUGCAAUGAGGCUGACAGCUUGGGAAAGGCAGGUCACUUGGUUCUUGCACAUGUGGACACUGUUCUUCCUCAGAGCGCCUUACACAAACUGCAAUCACGACAGAAGAGCUUACAAAGAUGGCGAUGUCAUGUUGGGAGGCCUAUUUGGCCUUCACUUCGCUGGAAAUGGUCAGCAUUGUGGUGACCUCUUCACAAUGGGACUGGGACACGCUGAAUCGAUGAUCUUUGCUAUUGAAAGUGUGAACCAGAAUCCGAACAUUCUGCCCAACGUUACAAUCGGCUACGACAUCCGAGACUAUUGUGAGAGCAUCGCAUUGGCCAUGCACAUCACCUACGAUCUAGUGCGGGACAGUGAUCCAGUGUGCAUGCCACACCUGAACACGUUCAACAUUUCUUCUCUGGGUAAUGUCACAAUGGCCGGGUUUAAGCCCAUCUCAGCGCUUGUUGGACCGUACAACUCCGGCAGCGCUGUCUUAGUGGGAAGUCUACUCCAGGUCGCCACUAUUCCCGCCAUAAGUCCAACAGCAACAAGCGUAGAGUUGAGCUCACAAUUGUACAAAGACUUCUUCAGGACAGUUCCACCGGACAACUUGCAAGCACAGGUCAUGGCAGACAUUAUAGAACAUUUCAAUUGGACAUACGUGGCAGCGGUGGGUCUAGAUGACUCCUACGGACGCAAUGGCAUUUGGGCGUUAGAGAAAGAGUCGUACGAUCGAAAGAGCUUCUGCCUUGCUUUUUCUGAGUUUAUCCCACGGCUGGGCUAUCAGGAAAAAAUUAAGCAGACAGUUUCAAGGAUUAAAAAGAAGCCCAGUAUUGGAGUAAUCAUAGUUUGGCUUUCUGGUCGGUAUGGGAGGGCAUUCUUCCAGGAUGCAACAGAUGAGAAACUUCAAGGAAAAACUUUGAUACUAAGUGACGCACUCACUGCUGAAGAGGCAGUGUUUCUUGAUACUCGUUACACUGUACUGGAUGGGUCCUUGGGUAUACAGCCACAUGACUACCCAUCCACCGCCUUUGAGGAACACCUCAAGAGGAUCACGCCCGCAAAAAGCGUUGAGAGAGGAAUGGUAUGGUGGGACGAAUUGUGGAGGUCACAGUUUAACUGUUCCGUCACAGAGUCCAACGAUUCUGGUUGCGGGGCAAAUCUCACGUCAUUUCAUGCAAUAACCAAGAUACGAAGCUCUUUCAUCUCCUACCUCAUCGAUGCAGUCUACGCCCUUGCACACGCUCUGGACGAAAUUUAUAACUGUUCUGCUGCGCAUGGCAUGCAGUCAACAGAUCACUGUCCUUCGGUGCAACCGUUCGUCAAGGGAAGUGAUGUACAGAAGUUCCUCAGAAAUGUUAGUUUUGACGGUUUGACUGGCACGGUUCGAUUUGACAGUUAUGGUGAUCCCGUGUCCGCCUCCUACGACAUCGUGAACUUUCAACGUGGAUCAACCGCAGCAAUGGGUCGAGGGAAGGUUGUGGUGGGAUGUUGGGACAAAGAAGCUUCGCCAAAACUCCUGUUAAACAAGUCCACCUUACGCUGGAACUCUUUGCUAAACAAUCUGUCAGCUCCGGUGUCUUUCUGUGCAUCCGAAUGUUUGCCUGGCACUGUGAAGUCACCUACGACACCGUGCUGUUGGGAAUGCAUCGAGUGCCCGCAGGGGACCAUUAGCCCUGAUGUGGGAUCAAGCAGCUGCAAAGAAUGCGAACCAGAGACGAAGGCAAACGAAGAGCGCACAAGUUGUGAACAUUUACCGAUCAUUAACAUCAUGCUGAUCAGCACUACAGGAAUUAGUAUCAUGGUGGUGGCCUUCAUCGGCUUUCUUGUCACGCUGCUUAUCUCUGCAGUCUUCGUCAAAUUCUACGAUACUCCAAUCGUGAAGGCGUCUAGCAGAGAAAUGAGUUUCCUGUUGCUUUUUGGCAUCGCAGCUCUUUUUGCCUUGGCUGUCCUUAUACUGGUGGAGCCCAGCCAUUUUUUGUGUUGCGUUGUGUACUUCUGGCGCUAUUUUGCCGUCACUCUUUGUAUCACGGUGCUUUUCUUAAAGACAAAGCGAAUAACGAGCGUGUUUCAAGUGGACAAAAUAGCGAUACUGUUUACACCAUGUUUCAAAACAAUUCAAAGACAAACCAUGUUAAUUGCCGUCAUGAAUUCAGUUCCACUGUCCUUAAUAGCACUGUGGAUGAUUCUUGAUCCUCCCAGAAGUGAAAAACUCGUCCGCCCUGACGAGUAUAUAUUCCUGGUGUGCAAGCCUUUCCGCUCCGACACCGGCUACUCACUGUUCCUCGCCGUCUGCUCGUAUGCGUUAACCGUUGCUCUCCUCUGUACGUACUACGCCUUCAAAGCCAGGGGCAUUCCAGAAAACUUCAACGAGACAAAGUACAUAGGUUUCUCUAUGUACAUUCUUCUAUUAUCAUCACUGGCUUAUUACCCAGUGGUCUUCAACUUCGAAAGCUGGUACGUGACUUUGGUGGCUUGUUCUACUACGUUAGUGACCUCGUUUGGUUUAUUAAGUUGUAUGUUUGGACCAAAGGUAUACAUACUUAUGUUCCAUCCACAACAAAACACCGUGGAAUCAGUUAGGUCGCAGGUGUCACAGUACUCGUUUCAUAAAUCGCGCUCUAAAGUAUGGGCCGCAGCCAUCUCAGUCGGCGGUACAAGCAACGUGAUUAGCAAAGCCUCGUAGACUGAACUGAAGCUCGACGCAAGAGUUUUCUUACAAGAGACGAUUGCCGGGACAAGACAUAUCUUGGGUGUUGGCAACGAGACAGAACUUUAACCAAGCGUUGAAAACAAACUAAAGUUUUCAUCAAAAAAAAAAAAAA